ACGGUCGCGCGGGCGACGGUUGGGGAGGGGCGUGAUUCGCGGAAAGCAAGGGAAACCUGAGCCUGCUGCCCCGCCCUGGGAACCCGACGCCCUAAAGCCUGGGAUUAGGGGUUUGGAGGCUGGCUCCACGCCCUGGCCAGGUGUGCGGGACUCGACCAGGUGCGCCGCCGCCCCGCCCCAGGCCCCGGGAGCCCUGCGUAAUGGCUGAGAGCCGGGGACUAGGCUGCGGCGGGGGCCCAGGCCGCUCUCUGAGGCCGGCCACGCCACCAGGUGUCUGGCUCCCCCAGGACGGUCUGCGGGGGCCCGGGGCGGGGCGGGCGGCAGGUGCAGACACCGGAGCCCCGCUAGGGGACGGGCCCUCCUGGGACAAUUGGCACCGGCCGGUCCAUCAAAAUCCCGCGCUGGGGCAGCCGGCCUGCGCGGUGCCCUCCGGCACCUAGGGGGCGCUGUGGGCGCGCUGCGGAAGGUUCCGCCACGACCCCCUGACCCGGCGCCGACAUCCCCGCACGCCGGUCAGCCAUGGUCGCCGCGUUCCUGCUUCGCGGCCUGUGCGGAGCGCGAGCCGUGCUACGCUGUUCCCCUGCGGAGCUGCUGAGGGCCCCACGGCGAGGGCACCGGCUCACGCCGGCGGACGACGAGCUGUAUGAGCGGACGCGCAUCUCUCUGCUGCAGCGCGAGUCCCCGCAGAUCAUGUAUAUCGACAGCUACAGCAGCCGCGGCUUCAUGGUCAACGGAAAUCGCGUGCUUGGGCCCUGCGCGCUGCUCCCGCAGUCGGUGGUGCAGUGGAACGUAGGAAGUCACUGGGACAUCACUGAAGAAAGCUUCUCUCUCUUCUGGUUGCUGGAGCCCCGAAUAGAGAUUGUGGUGGUGGGCACCGGAGACCGGACCGAACGGCUGCAACCCCAGGUGCUGCAAGCCCUGAGGCAGCGGGGCAUCGCCGUGGAAGUGCAGGACACGCCCAAUGCCUGUGCCACUUUCAACUUCCUGUGUCAUGAAGGCCGAGUAACAGGAGCUGCUCUUAUCCCUCCACCCAGAGGGACGGCGCUCCCAUCCUUAGAACGAGCUGCAGAAUGAACUGCCAGGAAUUGACCUGACCUGUCCAGGAGGGCCCUGGCACUUUUUGCAGAGCGCAGGAGUUUCCAGUGCUUUCAUUAGCCCUUCCUCUUUGGCACUGUAACACCUCUUUCUUGCCAGCAAAUUAAUAAUUUAAUCCACUUUU